GUCAUUCUCCCCCAUACCCUAUACUUUCCCGGGACCACGCUAGCCAAUUCCCCUUUAUCUUCUUCUUACUGUCCUACUGCUUGCUUCUUUUCCUAGAGAGCCAAUUGCUCGUCGUCAUCAUGUGUGGCAUCUUCGCGUGUUAUAACCACCCUGAUGUGCAAAAGUUCAAGCCCACGGCUUUGCGCAUGGCCAAGGCCGUGCGCCAUCGUGGACCCGAUUGGAGCGGAAACUUCAUUGCUGAUAAGACUAUCCUCGCACACGAGCGUCUGUGUAUCGUCGGUGUCGAUUCCGGUGCUCAACCCCUUGUGAACGAUGAUAGCUCCCUCGCUUUGGCCGUUAAUGGCGAGAUUUACAACCACCGCUUAAUCAGAAAGAACCUUAAGAACCAAUAUAACUUCAAGACGCACUCGGACUGUGAAGUAGUUAUUCCGUUGUACAUGGAACAUGGCCUCGAUGCUCCUAAGCACCUUGAUGGCAUGUUUUCUUGGGUUCUUUAUGACAGAAAGCAAGAUCGGGUUGUUGCGGCUCGCGACCCCAUCGGUAUCACUAGCUUCUACAUCGGCUGGUCUUCUGAGACCCCUGGAGCCAUUUACUUUGCUUCGGAGCUGAAGUCUCUGCACCCAGUUUGUGAUAAGAUCGAGGCUUUCCCUCCCGGCCACGUUUUCGACUCCAAGACCAACUCUAUGACUCGUUAUUUCGAGCCCAAGUGGUGGGAUCCCGCUAACGUUCCCUCGACUCCCGUCGACUAUAAGGUCAUUCGCCAUACUUUGGAGAGGUCUGUUCGGAAACGUCUGAUGGCAGAGGUUCCCUACGGUGUUUUGCUGUCCGGUGGUCUGGAUUCUAGUUUGGUCGCAUCCAUUGCUCAGCGGGAGACUCUGCGCAUGCAGGAAGCUGCUAAGGAAGCCAUUAUGAACCAGACUGGCUCGUCUGAUUUGGUUGGCAUUGAUGACAGCAACGAGUUGUCUACCGUCACAACAUUCCAGCAGCUGCACUCCUUCUCCAUCGGUUUGCCCGGUGCUCCCGAUACCGAGGCCGCUCUUGAGGUGGCCAGGUUCCUUGGAACUAAGCACCAUGCUUUCACAUUCACCGUUGAGGAUGGUAUCAACGCUCUCUCCGAUGUCAUCUACCACCUUGAGACUUAUGACGUUACCACAAUUCGCGCGUCCACCCCCAUGUACCUACUCAGUCGCAAGAUCAAGGCUAUGGGCGUGAAGAUGGUUUUGAGCGGUGAGGGAAGUGACGAGAUUUUCGGUGGCUACCUCUACUUCCACGCCGCUCCUAACAAGGAGGAGUUCCACAGGGAGACCGUGAGACGAGUAAAGAACCUGCACCUUGCAGACUGCCUCAGAGCGAACAAGUCGACUUCCGCCUGGGGCCUGGAAGCCCGUGUGCCUUUCUUGGACAAGGAUUUCCUUGCGGAUGCUAUGAGCAUUGAUCCUCAGGAGAAGAUGAUCACCAAGGACCGCAUUGAGAAGUAUAUUCUGCGCAAAGCAUUUGACACCACCGAUGAGCCCGAUGUCAAGCCGUACCUGCCCGAGAAGAUCCUCUGGCGUCAGAAGGAGCAGUUCAGCGACGGUGUUGGUUACAGCUGGAUCGAUGGCCUGAAGGACCAGGCUGAGCUUCACGUUACCGAUGAAAUGAUGAAGAACCCCAAGCCCGAGUGGGGCAACGAUGUCCCUGAUACUAAGGAAGCUUACUGGUACCGUACAAUGUUCGACGAGCACUUCCCACCUUACUGCGCCUCUACUGUCGAGCGUUGGGUGCCGACGUGGUCGAAACAGACCGACCCCAGUGGAAGAGCAAUCUCCACUCACAACGCCAAGUAUGAUGACGCGGAGUAGAUGUUUAAAUAAUUGGGUUUGCAAUUCGUGUUGGGUAUUUGGGAUAGACUCAUGCAUUAAAGAGGUGCCUCUCAAAAGUUCAGUGCGGAGGCUAUUAGGUCCUUUUUAAAACGACUCUUGUUCCCUUUAGCUCUUGUAUAAUCGUUCCUUUCUCUAGGUCAGAGCAUUCAAAAUAGAUCAGAUUGUAGCCUUGAUAUGUGAAAGAUAAACUGUUUGAUCCGUUUUGGUGAUAGUGAACCACAGUGCACAUUACUGUGUGGGUGAGGAAUAGUCUGGGGUAGAAGUGAUAUAGCGAUUGACCCAUGGCUAGUCGGAGCUUGUUGCCCAGGUUUCAGUACGG